GACGGAUGAUGCACACUACGCGCCUGGCUGAACACAGAGUGCGCACCAACAUCCAGCCAUCCAUACAUCCACACGCACAGGCUCACGCAUACUGUACGUGUUCUGUGCAAAGUGGAAAUGGAGCUGAAAUAGGCGCAGCGCUCUGGAAUGCCUGCAGCACCUCCCGCUUUGGAUUUCUAAAUUUAUUGCGCACAAACUGACGCACGAGAGAAAAUGUGGAGCUAUACGAAGCUGCUGGCCUGUCUGCUGAUUCUGUGUAAAAAUGCGUCCUCACAGAGCAAGAUUUUCGGAGAGACCGAGCCUGUUCGCAUGACGUCAGAAGGUUCAGACUGCCGCUGUAAGUGCAUCAUGCGCCCUCUGAGCAAGGAUGCAUGUCUGCGCUUGAAGAGUGGCAGUGUACGUGUGGAGGACUUCUACACAGUGGAGACGGUCAGCUCUGGAUCAGACUGUAAGUGCUCGUGCACAGCCCCGCCAUCUUCCCUCAACCCCUGUGAGAACGAGUGGAAGAUGGAGAAGCUGAAGAAACAGGCCCCGGAGUUAUUAAAGCUCCAAUCUAUGGUGGACCUCCUCGAGGGAACGCUUUACAGCAUGGAUCUUUUAAAAGUCCACUCCUACAUCAAUAAGGUGGUGUCUCAGAUGAACACCCUGGAAGAGACAAUCAAGACAAACCUUACACGUGAGAAUGAAUUCGUCCGGGACAGCAUGUUGAGCCUCACCAACCAGUUUAAGAGAUACGAGAACUAUUCCAACAUUAUGAUGAGCAUCAAGAAGGAGAUCUCCAGCCUCAGCCUGCAGCUGCUGCAGAAAGACUCAGCUGAGAGCAAAGCACAGGCUACAAAAACCAAGGAGGCUGUAAAAAUACCCAACAAAAAGAGCCCUGCUGUUAAACCUCCUCCCAAACCUCCCAAAGAAAAGGUUGUCAAGCCCAAGAAAGAGGUCAUUAAACACGGGAAACUGGUAAAGCCUGAUCCUACAGUCAAAACCAAGGUGGUCGGCCACCAGCCUGGCGUGGUGAGGGGCAUCACGUACUACAAGGCCUCCAAAGCUGACGAGGACGAGCACAGAGGAGACCAUUCUGCCAAAACAUACACAGUCCAUCACGUCACAGAAAACCAGUCUGAGGACAGAGAAGCUGAGCUAGUCCUUGAAACUGUCGAGUCCACUGUGGCUGAACCCACUGAAACCACAGCAGCUCCAACCACUACAACUACAACCACCACCACUACCACCAGCAGCACACCUUCCACCACCUCGGUACCCACUACCGUGUCCACUCAGAGUGCACCAGCAUCUGAAAGACCAGCUCCGACUAUCAUGCUAAUGCUCGACAACUCCAAUAACAACAGCCGACCCAGUCUCCACAGAGCAGGAAAGAUCCUCAACUGUGAGGGGACUUUAGCAUCGAUUGAACUGCCAGAGAAGCAGCACAGUUAUGGGCGCAAUGAGGGUGCCUGGAUGAAGGAUCCCCUGGCCAAGGAUUCCAAGAUCUACGUCACUAACUAUUACUAUGGCAACAACCUCGUGGAGUUCCGGAACCUGGACAACUUCAAACAAGGGCGCUGGAGCAACCUGUUCAAACUGCCUUACAACUGGAUAGGCACAGGUCACGUGGUUUACAACGGAGCUUUCUACUAUAACCGGGCCUUCACCAAGAACAUCAUCAAGUACGACCUGAGGAUGCGCUACGUGGCAGCGUGGACACAGCUGCACGAUGUCGUCUAUGAGGACACCACCCCCUGGAAGUGGAGGGGCCACUCCGACAUUGAUUUUGCAGUGGAUGAAAGUGGACUGUGGGUAAUCUAUCCUUCUGUUGACUAUGACUACAAUGACCAAGAGGUGAUCGUCAUCAGUAAACUCGAUCCAGGAGACCUGUCCUUAAAAAAGGAGACCACCUACACAACGGGCCUCAAGAGGAACUCUUAUGGAAACUGCUUCAUCAUCUGUGGCGUUUUGUAUGCUGUCAAUGUGUACAACCAGAAAGAAGGUGAAGUGAGCUAUGCUUAUGACACCCACACCAACACUGAAGCCAUCCCACGUCUGCCCUUUACCAACGAGUACUCCUUCACCACCCAGAUUGACUACAACCCAAAGGAAAAGCUUUUGUACGCCUGGGACAAUGGCCACCAGGUCACAUAUCGGGUGAACUUUGUUGACGAGUGAGUGUAGUUAGUUUGCGCUACAGAUUUGCUAACAGUAGACUCGCCUGCGUGCCACCUAAAUGGAAAGAAGAUUCUUAGACAACCUAGAAGCAGCCAUAUUGGACUCAACGGGACAAAGGACGAACUUACACCAGCCUUCCAGUACGAUGCACGCUAUUCAAACAGCAGACCUCAAAGUGUACCAAGAAGCACAUCUGCCUCCAACAUGUAUUGGGAUAUGACUGUACAAUAUGUUAAUAGCAAGGACAGGGAACAGUGGAAAUAAUCUCACUAGUUCAGUUAAAGUUGACAAGAAGCUCAGAGUUGUUCACUUAUCAAAUGUCAGCAGGCUGGCAGGCUUUACUCCAGAGAAAGUUUCAAACAGACAGCUUUGUUUGUUUCUUCAUCACACAGACACUCAAAAUGAGUACAUUUUGCAGCAGUGUGCAUGUGCUGUGCAAGUCAUUCCUCCAGUUUAUUGACCGAAUUCUCCACUCCUAACUCGAUUACGCUGUCAAAGGUGGAAGAACAUUCCUCUUGUUUUGCAUGACUCAUAUUAACUUUGGCUAAACUUUUGUAAGGCAGUGCCAACCUAUUAACCGGUGCUUUUCAACAGCUCAGAAUGAUGGAUCAUAAUAGAUUAGCUUAGCUUUAGUCAUAAAUGUUUCUUUAUAAAUCUUAGUAUAACCUGCUCUUAAAAGCAGGCGUAGUAUUUAUGGUGUUAUGUAGUCAGUUACAUAAGUGCAGUGUGUCUCUUAGAAAACUCCAAGUAAUGUCCUGAUAUUAUUCCGGAGAUCAUUUUGGCAUGUUUUAGAAGCAGGAUAGGAACCGGUGGCGGGACAUCACAGAGAGGAGGGCCCAGUAACACUUGUAGCAUAAAGAAUAAAAUAGUUUGGCCUUCAUCGGUGCCACAAGUCCAACCUGGUUAGGUAUUAACUUGCUAUCUAUGGUAAUUCACCAGUUAGCCAACAACAGAUGUGCUGAUGAACUUUACAAUGAAAGAUCAGCUUCUGCCACCAACAUCUCAGCAAGUGUUUGCUAUCCAAGAUUCCACCACUUGUAUGAAAGGGUUGUCAGGCUCUUUAGCAUUUAACUCAACCAAUGAGAUUAUUUCUGUCUCUACAGUUCUGCUUUUGUGAAAUACUUUCUCUUCACUUUGCCAUCUUAUCCAUCCCGAGACCGAGCGCUUUGAUCGUGACUCCACUUUGACUGUCGGUCCGACUUCACGGUGCUUCCUGUCUCUUUGAUGUUGUUUUGAGGGAUGUGUCAAAUAUGAAAGAUAAAACAAAUAAUGUACACAAAGUGUUUUGUAUAUAUUUUCAGGAGUGUGUUUGACAAUAGCAUACCGCUUUCUCUUUCCAUGGAUCUGGUUACAUUUCUGUAUAAAAGAAAUAUGAAGCUUUACUCACUUUAAUGACAACUCUAUGACCACUAUUGAGUAUUUUUUUUAUAACAGUGGAAAGGAAUAAGUGUGAUCAGUCACCAUUAGCUGUGCCGUCUUCAUUAAAACAUGAAUGUUU